GAAACCCCCGACCUCGAAGGGAACAGACCCUGGCUGGACGACUGCUGUUGGCACUAUCACUAUAGGCUUCUCUUUCGUUUAACAGUUCCCCGUUAUAUUCAUCAAUGUAGCCGGCGCGACCCUAAGCUAAACGCGUGCUACGUGGAGGCCCUCAUGCACAUCAGGCCGUGGUUGGCACAAGGUAUCCCGGAAAUAUCUGUUCCCUCCACGGAGCCUUUCCGCCUGUCGGAGCUGUCGCUCUCCCUGACCGAGGGUCCAAAGGGGUACAGGAUCACUCUGCGCGACAUGGACGUGACGGGCGUCAGCAACUACACCGUCCGCGACUUGAGCUUCGGCAACGCCGGCGUCUUCUCCCUGGAGGUGGCCAUUGCGGAGCUGUCGCUGGUCGCCAACUACUCGAGCUCGGGCGUGCUCAUCAUCGUGCCCGCCUCCGGCCGCGGCACGCUGUACGGCUCGCUCGGGAGCGUGCGCGCCCACCUGCGCGGCACGGCGCACACCAGCGCGGGCGUGGACCGGGGCGUGCAGCGCGCCAACUUCGUGCACGUCGACAGGCUCAACGUGGACCUCAAGGUCCGCGACGUAAAGAUGCGCAUCGAGCGGGGGCCCGGCGAGAACCCCAUCAUUGCUCAAGCCACCAACCUCCUCCUGCGGUCAAGUGGACACUUGGUCCUUGACGCAAUGAUGCCUGAGCUGCGCCUCAAGCUGGCUGACGUCUUCCUGAACAUCGCCAACAACAUUUUCAGUAAAGUACCUGUUGAGAGCUUAUUAAAAGACUAGAUUUCAUCUAUUA